AUGGAGAAUGACCAAUCUCCCACCUCGCCUGGGCAGGAUGUUCAGGAGCAUAGUGCAGAUAAAGCUGUUCCUACCUCACAGCCCGCUGCUCCAACCCUCACAGGGCAGUCGAAUGCUCGGCCUGAAGCAGCCGUGUGUGACAUCUCAGAGGAGCUGAGCCGGCAGCUGGAGGACAUUAUUAAAACCUACGGGUCUGCUGCAAGCCUGAUGGAAAAGGAAAACAUCACUGCGGGAACUGACAGGCCUGAGAAGGGAGAGACAGGCAGCAUGGACGAUGUGGAGUAUGAAGAUGCAAGUGAGGAGAAUGAGAAAGAGAAGUUGUCUCCUGGGGAUGCUUCCAGAGUAAAGGAGCCAAGUGGCAGCAAGGAGCAAAAGUUAGAGAAGAAAAUACUGAAAGGACUAGGGAAGGAAGCCACACUACUGAUGCAAAGCUUGAACAAGCUGAAUACUCCAGAGGAGAAGCUGGACCUACUAUUUAAGAAGUAUGCUGAGCUGCUCGAAGAGCAUCGUUCUGAGCAGAAAAAGCUCAAGUACCUGCAGAAGAGGCAGGCCCAGAUUACAAAGGAGAAAGACCAGCUGCAGAGUGAGCACAGCCGAGCCAUCCUUGCCCGCAGCAAGCUUGAAAGCCUGUGCCGGGAGCUCCAGAGGCACAAUAAAAACCUCAAGGAGGAAACAAUUCAGAGGGCACGGGAGGAAGAUGAGAAGAGGAAAGAAAUAACUAACCAUUUCCAGGGCACGCUGAGUGAAAUCCAGGCUCAGAUUGAGCAGCAAAGUGAGAGGAACAUGAAGCUCUGCCAGGAGAAUACGGAGCUGGCAGAGAAGCUGAAAAGCAUCAUCGACCAGUACGAGCUGAGGGAAGAGCACCUUGAUAAAAUAUUUAAGCACCGAGAACUUCAACAGAAACUGGUGGAUGCCAAGUUGGAGCAGUCUCAGGAAAUGAUGAAGGAAGCUGAGGAGCGACAUCAGAAGGAAAAGGAAUAUCUCUUGAACCAAGCUGCAGAAUGGAAGCUCCAGGCCAAAAUGUUAAAGGAGCAAGAGACCGUCCUACAGGCACAGAUCACUCUCUACUCUGAAAGGUUUGAAGAAUUUCAGAAAACAUUGACCAAAAGCAAUGAAGUGUUUGCCACAUUCAAACAAGAGAUGGAGAAAAUGACAAGGAAAAUGAAGAAGUUGGAAAAGGAUACUGCUACAUGGAAAUCCAGGUUUGAGAACUGCAACAGAGCGUUACUGGAUAUGAUUGAAGAGAAAGCCAUGAGGACCAAGGAAUAUGAAUGCUUUGUGCUGAAAAUCCAGAGGCUGGAGAACCUUUGCCGGGCUCUGCAAGAAGAGAGGAAUGAACUGUACAAAAAAAUUAAGCAAGCACAGUUCCCUGAAGAGGUUAAUGGAAAUGGCAUCUUAGAAGAAGAAGAAGACGAUGCUGAUAUGAGCCCUUCCUCCUCUGCGCAGACGAGCAUUGAGUUGCGUGCUACUGAUAAGAGCGUGCUGAAGGAGCUGGCUGAAGCUUUUAGAGUGUCCCACAAGGGAGAGGAGCCCCUCCCAAAUAACAGCAGCAAUCGAGAGACCUGUGAUGCUCAAACAUGUAGUGCCAUCCUGGUGCCAGAGCUCAUCUCUCCUCUCACCACACAGUCAGAAGCCGAGAAUCGCUGUGAGCAGCCCACCACAAGCCCACCAUUGCCCACUGAACACAUGCCAGCACCAACUGAAAUGACGACAAUGCCCACUGAGAACAUGCCAAAGUCCACCAAAAGCAUGCCUAUGCUCCCAGAAAAGGUGCCAACACCCACAGAAAGCACACCAAUACCUCCUGGGGGCAUGCCAGCAACCACCGAGAACGUGACAAAAUCUAUUGAAAGCAUGACAGCAAGCCUCGAAAAUGUGCCAACAUCCCUAGAAAACAUGCCCAGUCUCCUUGAGAAUAUGCCAGUACCCACAAAAAGUCCACCAAAAGCUGCAGAAUGUGUGGAUGAUCCAGCAAAGCAAUCUGGCCAAAGGCAGGCCGCAGAACAAAGAGGAGAUACAGAUAUGGAAGCAGUAGAUUGA